AUGGGAUUGUUUUACCUUUUAUUAAUACCCGUAGCAAUAUUUGGAUAUUAUACUUUAAGAGGAUCAAAUGAAAAAUAUCAUGUGGCAUUCCAAAGAUUUUCAAAAGUAUUUUGGGUGGCCAUAUUAAUUAUUGUACUUUUAACAUUGAUACAAUUAAUUAAUUCUUUUCUCCGACGUCAAGAUUUAAUUCAUGAAUGUGAAGAUGAUUAUCAUAAUGGGGUUGAUAAUAUUUUUUAUAUUAUGACUAAUAGUACUGAUGGAUUAUUGGUUACUGAAACUUGUCAACAUGCAGUGAAUUUUUCUUUAAUUUUGGUUUUAUUGGAUUUUAUAUUUUUAAAACUUUGUUUAUGGGUUUAUUUUGGAAUAAUAGUAGAAUUGCAUCAUAAACAAGAAGAUAGCAUUGAUAGUGACUCUGUAAAAUUUGAUUAA